CUCGCUGGUGACCCUUAUUGUAUGUCCCGCCUCUUGUAUAUCCCAACUCUUGUAUAUAGUCAUUCUUCCUCCGUGGCCUUUCUCCUUUCGGUUCCCUCCGGAACUUGUACCUUUCGCUUUUUUGUGUCGCUCAUUUUUUGUUUCCCUUCUCUUAUGUAUCCCUCCGCUUGUAUUUGUGCCCUCUUGGUGCAUAUUCCUCUCCUCUUGUGUAUGUCCUUCCGCUUGUGCAUAUUCCUCCUCUUCGCCCUUGUACUUGUCCGGCAUCUUGUCUGCAUUCCACACUUUCCCUCUUGGAUACGUCGACUCUCUUGAUGUACACGCUUUCCUUGGAUGCUUGGCUUCUUGCUCUCGUA